UAGGGAGUACACAACAGUCAAACAGUUCAGGCAGAGAGAGGGAGCUACCUGCUCUGCAUGUUGAUCUCACCUGACCAACAUUGUGGAUCCACCUGCACAGAGCGAUGUUUGUUCUUCUGGGAAGGGAGGGACAGAAUGGAAACGCUCUCACUGUGUUCUCAGUCAUGACAAGACGCAGACUAUCACACCAUCAGCGGUUUGGUUAAUCUGAUCUGCCUGCUCUUCAGUUUCCUCUCAAAUUACAGUUGAUUUCCUUUAUCGGCUUAUCUACCAAAAUAAUUAGUUAGUGAACACAGCCGAGUUAAGAACCAUGACGCGAUACAAUUUGGACUUGGAUCUGGGCUUCCUAAGCAGUGAAGAGGCACAGGCUGUUCUUGGAGUUCUAGAGAGAGACAAGCGUCUAAAAGAGAUUGAAAAUGAGAGGAUCAGACGGCUACGUGAGCAGCUUGGGGACAACAGCUCUGUGCUGUGUCUGGAGAAACCGAGGAAACAGCAAACUACUGGCAGUGUCCAGCCAAACCAGUCACCACGCAGCCAUAACACAGAGCAGGAAAUGGUCAGAGGUAAUCCAAUGGAAGGGAAGGAUGUCAGAAGACACACAAACCUACGAGCUCGUCUCAGAUCCAUGUUCAGCUUCAGGUUCCCUGUGAAGGACAGCCCAGACCCGGAGGGGAAAGGCAAGAGCCACAGCUAUAACAAUAGUGUUAGCAACAUCCCCUCAUUGGCAGAACCAAGCAGCAAAGACAGCACGACUGAGGCAAGGCAUGAGGAGGUGCUCACACAGGAGGGUCUCACUAAGGAGGUCCUCACAGGGGAGCAGCUCACUGAGGAGCUGUUAACAGGGAAGGAGCAUAGUAAGAAGGUGCUCACAGAGGAGCUUACUAAGAAGGUGCUCACAGGGGAAGAACUCCCUAAGGAGGUUCUCACAGAGGAUCUCACUAAAGAGGUGCUCACAGAGAAGUAUCUCACUAAGGACGUGCUAACAGAGGAGGAAAUCAAUAAGGAGGUGCUCACUGGGGACGAGCUCCCUAAGGAGGUGCUCACAAAGGAGGAGCUCACUAAGGAAUUGUUCACAGAGGAGCUCAUUAAGGAGGUGCUCACAGAGGAGGAGCUCAGUAAGGUGGUACUCACAAAGGAGGAGUUCACUAAGGAAGUGCUCACAGAGGAGGAGCUUAGUAAGGAGGUGCUCACAAAGGAGGAGCUCACUAAGGAAGUGCUUGCAGAGGAGGAGCUCUUUAAGGAGGUGCUCACAGAGGAGGAGCUCAGUAAGGUGGUACUCACAAAGGAGGAGUUCACUAAGGAAGUGCUCACAGAGGAGGAGCUUAGUAAGGAGGUGCUCACAAAGGAGGAGCUCACUAAGGAAGUGCUUGCAGAGGAGGAGCUCUUUAAGGAGGUGCUCACAGAGGAGGAACUCACUCCGGAGGUGCCCGCAGAGGAAGAGCUCAGUAAGGAGGUGCUCGCAGAGGAAUAUUCUGAUGAGGAGCCCAUUGAGGAUCACUCAGAGUCUAAUAAGGUGAUUGGGCAUACAGCCUGCUCUGAAACACGGAAGAGAUGCACUGUUCUCCUGGAAACAGGUAGAAAGCAUGAGAGCUCCACAGGUCCGGCUCACUGCGGUAUUAGUCUGAGAGAGGACCAAGAAGGUUCUAGAGUGACGGGACCACCUUCAGCACCUCAGUCAGGGGGUCUCUAUCCAGUUGUGCAUGAACAACCUCCGUCCAUCCCUCUGAAAGAACACAUGCAACCAUCAGAUGAAUUGAAAAUGUCCAACCCCUCCCAAAGCCCCCCUCUGAGAAUGAAUGGUGUCAUCCCCAUCAGCCCCCAGCAACCUGACACGUCCUCUGCUUGCCUCCCUGCAGGGACUCUCUCUCCUGAAACUGGGAACGUUCCCUUAUUCCGCCCACACAAAUCUCCAAAGCUUCCACUUACAAACCUCAAGAGGAGCAUGCUUCAGGAGACCUCGGGUCGAGCCGCAACACCAGCUCGCCAUUUGUCCCUGAUCCGGCCAUGGAGUGUGGUGUCACCGGGAACUUUCUCCUUGCUUAGGCCGAGCAGCUCCAACGCACUGCCGGCCUCCCAUGCAGAGCCCCGGGCUGAAGCCGCUGACCUCCCAUCCUACCUCCCCUCUGGCCUCCCGUCACCUCGUUCAGUCACUUUAAGGCAGCGCAUUUCAAGUAGUCAUCCCAACCUAUUCCCUGACCCAGAACGUUCCCUACAACAGUGCCACAGCAUUACUCUGCCUGAUACCACACCGUCUCAUAACCCUCUUGGGUAUAGGAGCAGAUUAGGCUCAUCUUUGAUAUUUAACCCUCUCCGUGUGUCUAAGGACACCUCAGCUACAAAACACUCUUCCAGUGCCAAGUCACUUGACGGACAUUUAACCAAGGCUGUAUCUAUGGGUACAGCUGGUGAUAAUCACCCACCCUGCUCAUCACCGAGUAAAACAAGAUGGAUGUCAUCUUCUGAGAGAAUCAACAUGUUGGCAAAGCAGCACAGCUUAGUGGCCCAGGUUGGUUUAUCAAAAGCCAUCAGCCAAGAGAGAAAUCUGCAGAAAAACACCUACGUUCAAUCUAAUAACCAGAGAAUGUUCAAGCUUGAUGAAUAUUAUACAAGUGUCUAUUCGGGUCCCAAUCUGGAAUUCAACACUUGUUCUCUCUCCAGCAUCAACCCUGGCAUUUCUCACAGGUCUCAGUCAUGUCCUCACAGCCCCCCAGUUUCAUCAGAUCAUAUGACUAAUCUCACCAGAUCGUGUGAUUGCACACACAGUGCCCCUCCGCACAUUAAAGAUUUGAUUACAGGGGAUAGGGAAGAAGCAAUUGGUUCCGAGAUUAUUCAUAGUGAAAUGAAUAUCAGCAAGCUUAAACGACAGACUUCUAACAAGGGAUUGUCUGAAUUUCAGAACAGAAAAAAUAGCUCUGGUCUGCCUGCUCACUAUGCAACUCUCAUCUCUGAGAGAACUGAGGAGCUAAGUGGAUGCAGAAGCAACCAGAAGGUAGAUCAGAUACUGAAUCGCCUCAGAAUGACUCUCCGUAGCAAAGGCAUAGAGGAGAACAGUGUGUUGUUUGGUAAAAAAGGGAAAACUGAGCAAUCAACAUGUAAAGGAGUUAGUGACAUCGGUGAGAAUAGGACAGGAAAAAGAUGGGCUCCAGAGGUCAACAAAGCGCCCACUGUCCUCCAACAUAAUGUGGAAGGUCGAAUCCAGGAUAGAGGCUGCCACAGGCUGAUGUCCAAAGGUACACAUUUAGACAUUCAUGACAAACAGAGGAACAGAAUAUCAAUUGAGAAAAAUGGAAACCCAUUGCGGUCAACUGAAAAAUCAAGCAGGACAAAUAAUCCACAUCAACCCAAUCUUGGUUGUCAACCCAAGAUGGAUUCUGACAGUACUAGCCUCAGUCAUUUUGGCCUCAACACAAAUAUUAAAGAAGUCAAUUCUAGCUCAUUAGAGAAGGACAGAAGAGCAGAAAGGAAGCCAGUUGACUGUUUUAAACCCACACAGCUAUCACACCCUAGAAACUCUCCAAUCACUAGGGAUUCUGACCUGACACAUCGCCACUCCAUCUCUGUUAACAAGAUUUACUCAAACAGAACAACAAAAAGCAGGCGGAUCUCCACAGGAACUAUGACCCCAACAAGGAACCUGAAGAGUCUGGAGGACGUCAGAGGGUCAGGAGAUCAGUUUUGCCCACCUAUUACCCUUUCCAGUCCCACAUUACCCAGUCAUCUACGGAUCAAUGAAUCAUCAAUUUUUCCCACAGCGAAUUUAAAACCACCAAUCAUGAAUACGAUGUUGCAGGUCUUUGGAAGCCCCAUGGUUCAACUGCCAGUCAGGAGCUCAAGUUUGUCAGACUGUGAGAACUAUGACUCAGAUACUUCUACAGAUGGGGAGUACUAUGUGAACAGUGAUGAUUUGGAGGAGAAAGAGUCUAAACUCUAGUAAAACAUGGAA